GAGGCACAGUGACGUGAUGCUUCGCUCUGGGCUCCUGGCCAAUCAUCGACAGUUUGCUCAGUGACGGGAAGUAAAUUCAUUGAAACAAAAUAUGCUUAAGCUCAAGUUCGCCGAAACUUACUCAUGGUUCAUUUUAAACUACCAGGUAUUCCAGUCGUGUACUGUAGACUUUGUGCAUGACCUAAACUCAAUGAGCUGUGUGCAGGGUAACUCAAUCUGCGCAGCGCGCCAACCUCCGCAGGCACGGCCUUGGCCGCGAUCAUUGGCGCACUGUCUUCCAUCGUAAACAAGACAACAACCACUCGACCUAAGAACUUCUUUGCCACGAUGCCAGCCGUAAUAUCCCUACCCUCUGCGAACCCAUCUUCAAAGUCCUUGAUCUACUUCAUCACCGGUAACCCUGGCCUGGUCAAAUACUACGAGCCCUUCCUCACCCUGCUGUCCUCGCUCACCCAUGGCUCUCACGCGAUAUACGGGCGAGACCUGUUCGGCUUCUCGCAGGAGGACACAACUCUAUACGACCUGGAAGAGCAGAUCGAAUGCAUUUACACCGAUCUCCGCGCGCAGAUCAAGGCUGGCGGGUACGAGAAUGUGAUACUCAUGGGCCAUUCUGUCGGCACAUAUAUCGCUGUCGAAAUCAUCGCCCGCAGUUUGGCGCGAGCCGACUUGACCAUACAGGGCGCUAUCCUGAUCACGCCGACCUUGACAGAGCUCGGGAAAUCGCCCCGUGGAAAGCAACUUGGUCGAUUGAUGCAUUGGCCUGUCAUCAGCAACAAUGCAUACAUCGUCGCCAAAGGAUUUCUUUUCACCCUCCCCGACGUUUGCAUAAAAUGGGUGUUGGGUACGAUCAUGGGAUUCACACCGGCAGCAGCCGAGGUCACACGAAACUUCCUCCGAUCGUCGCAGGGGGUGCGCGAAGCGCUGCAUCUCGGGGUUUCCGAAAUUCAUACCAUCAAGGAGGACGUCUGGGCCGACGAGGUCUUCCAAGUAGCCGAGGCUGGGGGAGUCAAGAGACUGUUCGCACUGUACGCCGACGAAGACUACUGGGUCGACGAUGAAGUCAGGCAAGUGUUGGUCAAGCGCAGAGGGGAGGACAUGGAAUGGAUGGUGGAGAGCGUCAGACAUGACUUUCCCACCACAGAAGAAUCUACGGUCAAGGUCGCCAGAAUCGUUUCCAACUGGGUUGAGCAGAUAAAGGGAGAGGAGUCGCGGUAACAUCGAGCAUGCGGGGGUUCACUCCGUGGGGAGCUGCUCUCCUCGACUCGUUUUCAUGAAAGGGCGUACGAACAACCCUGUAUCACUACACGAACGGUGGAACAAGCAAGAUAGACCGGAGCGCGUUAUAGAAAGGGAAGUUUGCAGGGGACUGGCAUCACGAUUCGGAGGAGUUUCCUAGAACCUAGAACCUAGACUUUAUCGGCAAUGGGUCAUGAUGAAAAGGUCGACAUGAUGCACGCCAUACGACAUACCUAAUAGACAUUGAAAUUGAAACCAAGCACACUUAUUGCA